GCGGGCCCUUAUUAUUAGCCUAUUAUUAUUAUUAUUAUUAUUAUUAUUAUUAUUAUUUUGGGACUGAGGCUUUCCGGUGCGAGCGACAGCAUCACUGCCUGCACAGUCACCUUGCGCCAAAAGACACGGAGACGGACAUGGAGACGAGCGGAGCGGCCAGUGAUGUGAUGUGAUGGGAUGGGACGGGAUGGGAUGUGAUGGGAUGCACAGUGUGUGUGAAUAACGCGCUCUUUACAGGUACCGGUUCUGUUGAGCCGCUCAGAUGAGGUUCGCGUUUGCAUCGCUCCAUUAUUGUUCUGUUCAAUGGUGAGAAUUUACGCAAAGACGAGACUGGCACCAUCUUUACAGGUGUUCGGCUGAUCCAUGUGUUUGGGUUUUCUCUGAACGGCUCUGUAGAUGCGUGUCUUGAAUAAAGACGAGCGGUGCUGGCCUGUUGGUAUUCUGCUCACUCCCAGCCCUAUUUCCCGGUCGCCAUGCCCCAGGUAGGUGGUAGAUAAUGCCCAGGGCGUCGCGAUGGGCCACCACGGCGACGAGAAGGACCGCAUUGUGAUCAACGUGGGCGGCAUCAAGCACCAGACGUACCGCGGGACGCUGCGCACGCUGCCCGGCACGCGCCUGUCGUGGCUCGCUGAGCCCGACGCAGCAAGUCACUUCGACUACGACGCGACGGUCGGCGAGUUCUUCUUCGACCGGCACCCGGGUGUCUUUGCGCACAUCCUUAACUACUACCGCACGGGCAAGCUGCACUGCCCGGCGGAUGUGUGCGGGCCGCUCUACGAGGAGGAGCUCGCCUUCUGGGGCAUCGACGAGACAGAUGUGGAGCCGUGCUGCUGGAUGACCUACCGGCAGCACCGUGAGGCCGAGGAGGCGCUGGUCAGUUUCGGCGGCGGCGCGCUGCUCGAUGGCGCCGGCGCACACGAUGACACAGAGGCAGAAGUCUUGGGGACGCACGAAGCGCCCGCCGAAGGGGACGAGGGAGCGGAAAUGACGCGGCGCCUCGCGCACGGAGACUCACCCGAAAGCCGUUCAGGCCGCUGGAACCGAUGGCAGAGGAAGAUGUGGGCGCUCUUCGAGGACCCCUAUUCCUCCAAAUACGCGCGGUGGGUGGCUUUUGCAUCUCUGUUCUUUAUCCUGGUGUCCAUCACUACAUUUUGUCUGGAGACUCACGAGGCCUUUAACCCCAUCAUCAACCGCACGGAGAUUGAAAUAGUGGACAAUGAAACCGUGGUGCAUGUUUACCCAGAGCCCAAGACCAUGGUGCAGCUCACAUACAUCGAAGGGGUCUGUGUGAUCUGGUUCACCUUUGAGUUUUUAAUACGAAUCACUUUCUGUCCUGACAAAUUCAAAUUCAUAAGAAAUGCCCUUAACAUCAUUGAUUUUGUGGCCAUCCUGCCUUUCUACCUGGAAGUAGGACUGAGUGGCCUGUCCUCCAAAGCUGCAAAAGACGUUCUUGGGUUCCUGCGCGUCGUGCGCUUUGUCCGGAUUCUGCGUAUCUUCAAACUGACGCGGCACUUUGUUGGUCUGCGGGUGCUGGGACACACACUUCGUGCCAGCACCAAUGAAUUCAUCCUCCUCAUCAUCUUCCUGGCCCUUGGUGUCCUUAUAUUUGCCACCAUGAUUUACUAUGCGGAACGUAUCGGAGCCAAUCCUAACGAUCCCCGUGCUAGUGAACACACACAUUUCAAGAACAUCCCCAUUGGUUUCUGGUGGGCUGUGGUCACCAUGACGACGCUUGGCUAUGGUGACAUGUUUCCUCAGACGACAUCAGGCAUGUUGGUGGGGGCGCUUUGUGCUCUGGCUGGUGUGCUGACCAUUGCCAUGCCUGUGCCUGUGAUUGUCAACAACUUCGGCAUGUAUUAUUCUUUGGCAAUGGCUAAACAAAAACUGCCAAAAAAAAAGAACAAGCAUAUCCCACGGGCACCCCAGCUGGGGUCCCCCAACUACUGUAAGUCAGUCAUUAACUCGCCAAGACCCAGCACUCACAGUGAUACCUGCCCUCUGGCCCAGGAAGAAGUCUCUGAGAUUAGAUACCAAGAUUUUAAAGUGAAUGGAGAACCAUCUAAAGCAGCCCUGGCCAACGAAGACUGUCCCCACAUCGACCAGGCUGUAUCACCUGAGGAAGUUUUCAGCCCUGUAGACCGUGAGAGACCCUGUUUCCUGCUCACCUCUGCAGAUCGGGGCAAUCACAUAGGGGCAAGAGUCAGGAAGGGUUAUGAAAAGCCAUGGAGCCAUAGCAGCAUGUCUGGAGGCGUGGCCUCAGUGUCGGCCCUCCCCUGCAGCCCGCCCUGUCUCAUGCAGCAGGCCCACUCCCCCAUCCCAUCCAUCCUGUAGCAUGGACAAGCAAACUAACCAAUCAGAGGCUCCGCUCUGCAGCGCUGCGCUGAGACGCCCGCCCACACUGUGUACCAUCCGUCUCUCAUCAGCCUUCAGUUCUUCAGUAUCACUUUCCAAGCAUUCACAUCUUCUUCUUUUUCUUCUUCUUUUUCUGUCUUUAUCGUCACUCUUCUGGUUUUCUCACAGCAUUGGUUCUGUUCUCUCAAACAUCUACUGACAUCGUGUGAUUUUCCAUACUGUCUUCUGUAGUAGUAGUAGUAGUAGUAGUAAUAGUAGUAGUCUUCCUCUUCUUUUGUUUUCUCUUCUUCCUCUCAUCACGUCUUAUCUCCUGUCCUCUCUCCAGGCCCUGCACUAUCAUGCUUUCCCUUUCUCUAUCUUCUAAUCCCCUCAUUCCCCAACCUCCCUUCCCCUUCUCACUGUUUAUAACGCUGUGGUUUUUCAUCAGGUGCUAUCGGACACCAUUUUGAACAAAAAAGGGAAAAGAACGAAAAAAGAAAAGACAAUGGCUUUUUCACAUAGCGUUUCAUCAAUCAUUCAGAAAAUAACUAUGGAAUAGAAAUAGUUCGUAACACUAACCAAUCAUGAUUUUAGUGAUGCACACAUCACCAUCAUAAAUCUAUGACUGAAGAAAACUCAUUUGCAUUGCAUGCCUUGCAUGGGAAACUGAGAAAACAAAUGUAAGUCUAAUCAAAUCAUGUAAGGAAAAUAUUUUGCUUUACAUUUAACAUCCAGAGCUUCUUUACAAAUCUAAUGCAGAUACAGUGUGUUAUCAUUUUACGAUGAUAUAAAUGACAUGUAGCAAUCAGGACCUUUUCUUUGCUGACCUUUAUUUUUAUUAUUAUUAUUAUUAUUUUUUUUUGCCUUUCCCCAAACCGUGAGCUUUGUGUGCGUUUGAGCACACGCCAUCUUUCUAAUAGUAGCAGUGGUCGGUUUUGACCAUCCAAUUUUUCUUCUUGAAAAAGACUAAAAUGCAAAUAGUGAAAUAAUGCACUUUAACUUUGAUAACCGUCAUUUUGACUUUUCUUAACAGAGCAGAUUUAUUUCACUUUACUCCAAGGAAAUUAGAAUGCAUUUCUGAGUUUGGCAUUUCUUUUUCUUUUUAUUUUAUUUUCAUAAAUUCAGGUUCACAGUGCGGUGUUUGGAGUACUAUUUGUUGUUCUCUGUAGCAAAUCAAAUCUAUAUAAUGUAUCAUGUAAGAAUAUGUGCAUCUUGUACAGAAAAACAAACAAACAAACAAACAAACAAACAAAAAACUAAAUAUGUAUGUACUUUUGGAGUUAUUUGGGGAAAGGUAAAUGCAUGCACUUUUAUGCAAAAUAAUAAGUACCCUAUGCGA